GGAAAUCGAGGUAACGCACAACGAAACAACAAUAUAUCUAAUACAUCUUUCAAAAACAAAAGAUCGUUAAAAGUAGAAGGACGCACGCCAACAUAAAGACAAGUGCCAAGAUCAGGAACAAUGACAGAUGAUUGUGAUUUGGAUGAGCUGGCAGCAUUUCUUGAUGAGGAUUCCAAUGAGGCUUUUGGCGGAUCACAGGAAUGUAUGACUGGGGGAGGCAGCAAGACUGUUGAGACGGAAGAGAUGAAUGCUGAGACUCUGGCUGCCUUUCUUGAAGAAGAUUCCUGUGAAGCAGAAGUCCCUGGCACUGCUCCUGCUAGUGACAUGAGUAAGCAGGGGUGGAAAUCAGGACCAACUCACUGUGCCCCCAACAGUUUUGGUAAUGUUAAAGUUCCUGAGGAAAAGGAUGAGUGUGAUCCUGAGUCUAUUGCUGCAUUUCUUGGAGAAUCUGAUGACAGCGAUGAGGAAUUUACACUGCACCCGGAGGAAAUUACCAAUGAACAAGCGAAGCAGCCUGAUGCUGUAGCCCCGACUGAUCCCAACACAGCAUCUCUGCAGGCGGAGCUUGCAGCCAUGCAGAAACGUAUGAUGGAACUCCAGCAACAGCUGCUGUGUCAGUCCCCAGCACAGACACCACCGACAACACAGACUCGGCUCAUACAUGAAUCUGAAGAGGUGAACCCAUUCUUUCCUGCCAGCACUUCAAAGAAAGAGAAGAACAGUUCUAAAACUCCUGGUCCCUCAGGCGGCCAGCGGCAGGGGGUGAGCAAUAGACAGACCCCCAAACAACCUGCCGGCAAGCCGUCCUGUAUAGAGCAGGCCAAUCGGCAGGCCAUGAAGAGAGAUUUGUUUGGUGAAAGCGACAGUGAGGGGGAGGAUAUGGAUGGUGAGAAGACUGGCCUCAGUGCACAGGGCAGGGAAAUCAAGACUCUCCUGAAUGCAGGACCGAAACACAGGGAGGCACAUAACCCUAGCUUCUCCCUUGAAGCACAGAAUAAACCAGCAGUCAGCUGGAAAGCAAAGAAUGUUGCAACCAAGGACAGCCUCCAUCGAAUAUCAUCUCCUGUGUCUAAGUCGAGUAUCAAGCCAGAAGAGAAGUUCAUUGUUGACCCCUUUUCUAGCAUCAGAAUAGUACGACCUCUCGUGUCAUCAGGGGAGAUGGAGCUGAAGAUGAAAGAUCGCAAAAUCAUCAAACUUUCCCGCCUUCACCUGAAGGUCAACACUCCUGACCUUCAAGGUGAUUGGGUCACAAUUGGAGUAGUUGUGCAGAAAACCGAACCAAAGACGUCUUCAAGUGGCAAGACGUACUGUAUUUGGAAGUUGUCUGACAUGGACAACUGUGAGCAGGUGGUCAGCUUCUUCCUGUUCGGCCAGACCUACAAGGAACACUGGAAGAACGAUGUCGGCUCCGUUGUUGGAAUACUCAACCCCAGCAUCAUGGACAAUGCAGAAAAGGGAAACAAAGAUGUGGCUUUCACCAUCAACAACCCCAAGCAGCUGCUGCACAUGGGCAGCUCGAAGGACCUGGGAUGGUGUUCUGGGAGGACGAGGAAAGGGAACCGGUGUAACCACUUCAUAAACAAGAAAUAUGGCGACUUCUGCAACUACCAUGUUCAGUCUGCCUACAAGAAGACGUCUGCCACAAGGAGUGAGCUGCAGGGCAGUGUUACUGGUUUGACCCCAAAAUCUUUUCAAGACAAGCUUCUCCCUAAGAAAGGCAGCCACUUCUUCUAUGGUGGACAAACAUUUACAUCCUUGCCAAAUAUGAAAACAAGUGCUCCCAAGAAAGACCGUGUGACUCUGGGAAAACUGCAAGUUGAGCAGAAAUUAACAAAGAGCAAGGUGACAACAAUGUCCCUCCAUGAACUCAAGACAUGUGACCCUACCACCAUGAAAAAAGCAUCAACAUCAGAAAAAGAACAAGCUUUCAUGGACAUGAUUUCCACUCCCACUGUGGGGUCCAUGAAUCUGGUGAAACACUUGGUGAAACAAGAAAAAACAGAAAAGGUGAUAAAAGAAAAGUCUGUGGUAAUAUCGGUAACUCCUAAAGAGCUUAUCCAGCAACACAAGAAGGAUAUGAUGGAGAGGAGGAAAGCGAGGGCGGCACAGACAGCAGCAGCAGCUCCAUCCUCUCGUCCCACCGUCGACCCCCUGAAGGCUACGCCCUCUAUCGGGAAAGGUCUCCUGAGCGGGCAGGAUGUUUUUCUGGAUUUUUCAUCCAGCAGGAAACCUUUUGCAACGUCAACAGCUAACAAGAAGGUGGAGAUUGCAAAGCGCAAGGCAAUAGAGAAGAUUCACGCCAAGGGUGGAAUAACUAAAGAAGACCCAAAUUCAGUGCUGAAAAAGUCUCCAAAUGCUGAAAAAGUGAAAAAAAGAGUGCUAGAAAACUCGUUAUCAGAGGAUCAACCAAACAAGGAUGACGAAUCCAAGGAACCGCCCAAAAAGCGGUCCAGACUUCUUGGCAAUGUUGAUAUCAAUUCAGCAGAAUUUAAGAAGCUGUUAAAAGUAAAGUCUGCUCAUAAAGGAGCUUUGGCUGAAGCUGAGGCAGAGCGGGAAGAGAAGUAUUUCACUGAACUUGAAAAGAAAGAAAUGAUGGAAGAAAAAAUGCUGGCAGUUACAAAGCUUGAGGUGACUGUAGUUACCUGUCGCCAGUGCAAGUACACAGCAUUCUCCGCAACGGAGACCUGCAAGAGCGCUCGCCAUGAUCUACAUCGCCAUAAAGGCGUCAAGCGAUUCUUCAAGUGUAAACAGUGUAAACACAGGACAGUUUCCCUGGACAAAUACCCUAAGGACGCCUGCAAAAAUUGUGGCAGUUCAACAUUUGAAAGAACUUCAAUGGCUCGGGAAAAGACCGGCCCAAAGUUGGAAAGUGAGACGCUAUGUCUGAGAGGAGAUGAAGUCAAAUUCCUCAGCAGUUUAGGAGGUCAGGUCUUCAUGAACAGCUGAGAGGGCUAUGCUGAUGAAAUACAAGGACCACUUAAGCAGCAUACAAGAAUCAGAAGAUCAUGGGAGGUCACCUUAUGUAACAAUGGCAAAAAACAAGUAGAAAACCAUUUUAGAAAUAUUCUUAAUAAUUGAAAUUGAAAAAAACCCUGAGCAUACCACAACCGAUUAUUUUCUAAGGAGAUGAUUAAAACAAAGAUAUACCUUAACAAUGCAAAAAUGACAUUUACCUACUGUUUGCGCACUCACGUGUUUGCAUCUGAAGUAUAUAUUCACCAAGACUUAAUUAUCUAUACAAACAGGUGGUAGUAUGUCAGUUUGAUAAAUGGAAGAAAAUAUCCUUCAGAGUUUUUCUAUAUUGUUUGUACACUUUUGUGAAAAGCAAAGAUACUCUUUAUGAAAUGCAAUAUCUUGGAAGAUAACAUUUUCUAUACAAAUGUGUUCCUUUGAAAUUGUAAAUAUAUAUUAUGGCAGUUGUUUGUAAAUUAAUGUGAAAUAAAUAUUGUGUAUACAUGAUGUCAUUAUUGUUAGUGGCAGUGGAAACUAGUAAAUUUUUUGGAAGUAAUUGUCAGUGGCAGCUAAUGAUUGAAAUGCUAGUAAAAUGUUGAGUAUUGUCGACAACUGGAAGUUUUCUGUCCUGGCUCAAGAUGUUAAUCACUGGAUUGUCUGGUUUAGACUCGAUUAUUUACAGACUGCCAUCUGGAUAUCUGGGUCUGUACACUGCAUAAUGAGCAUCCUUUGGUUUCCUUUCCUGCACGAAAUUGCAAGUACAGAAAUAACAUUUCGCUCUCCAACGGCUGAUUUAUGAGGUUAAACUGCAACGUAUCCCAAAUUAUAGCUUAAUGAUGUUUUGAAAAUAUCUUCAGAAUUUUAUGGAAUGACAUGAUCACAUAAAAUAUUAUUUAUUCUG